AUGUGUGAGAAAUUAGAGUUGCCAUUAUUAGAGCAAAGCAAUGAAGCUGAUCUUACAGCUUCAGGGGGUCACGAAAAUCAAAUUGAGUUAAUCCAAAGGAAAAUUUACUCUCCCUAUAAGACUUCAAUAAUAUCAUGAGAUGCUAAAACAUAUGAGAAGAAGGUUCAUGCCAAUAUUCUUCCGGUAUCAAUCUCGUGCUCAUCAGAAAGAACAAUGACUUGUCUUUUUUCAGAUACUCAACUUUUUAUAUAUGGCGGAUUCAAAGAAAACUCAGAUGGAAUAAAAGAAGCAAUGGUCGUUGAUUUAGUUUCAAUGGAAGUAAAACUUAAAAAAUCAGGAAGAAAACGUGGGGGAGCAGGCCUGGCUCUAGUCGGAUGGCAAAUUUAUAUAUUUGGGGGGUAUAAAAAUGAAUAUGAAUUAUUGAAAGAAUGCGACAAAUAUGAUAUACUGACUAAUAAAUGAAUAAGAAUAGCAUCACUACCUUUCUAUUCUGGGUCUGUUGCUGCAGAGGUUUAUGGUAACGAUAUUCUCGUUGCAGGAACUCAUCUGCCUGGCUUAUAUUACUAUUCAGUUGGAAAAAAUACUUUUUCAAAGAUAAAAGAUCUUCCUAUUUUACAAGACAAAAAUAUAUUUGUGCAUGAGGGAAAAGCCUGAAUAUAUUGUAAUGAUUCCUGAUUUUACGAAAGCAAAAGAUAUGACUUAACAAAGUGGCGUAUAAUCGGGUAUUAUUAUGGUUUCAAUAUGCUCCUUAGUCAGCAUGUUAGAAUUGAGAAUGAACUUUUUUUUUUAGACAAUAGUAUGGGAAUAUAUGUAUUUGAUUUGCACACUGGAAUACUUGACAAGUUUAAAAAGAGUUUUAAAUAA